AUGAAAUCCACAAACAUGGAUACUUGUUCAGACCGCUUAAGUCCAUCAAGCGACAUGACGAGCGAGUCUGAAACGUCCUUACCGCCAUUUCCCUAUGAACAACAAAAUGGUAACUUCUACACACAAACGGACAUUACGGAAAAACAAUAUUUUUCAUGCAAACAGAAAAACCGUACGGAUGACAGAAAGGAGGUUUACUUGCAAGAAAGCAAUAAAAACUCUUUCGAAAAUUAUUUGUCGCCGAGAGGAAAAAAAUAUUUGAAUUUCGAACUAAAACUACCGCCUAUCAACGAUAACUUUUUUUCACAAAUCGACGAAGACCGACGCUCAAAUUACUUUAAUGAAGUUUCUAUGAAAAAUAUUCAAAAUGAGAACAAUCCGAUGGUGGAAAUCGAAAUAAACAAUGCGUUUGAAAGCGUUGUUAAUAAUGAUAGAGAGAGACAGCAAUAUUUUUCUGAUAGUGAGAACGGGAUGCGUAGAUGUUUAAAUUUUAAUUCCGAACAAGUCCAAUGUGUGUGUGAGGCGUUACAACAGAAAGGCGAUAUAGAGAAAUUGGCGGCGUUUUUAUGGAGUCUGCCGACGACGGAGCUGUUGCGAGGGAAUGAAACUGUUUUAAGAGCACGAGCGUUAGUUGCCUUCCACCACGGUGUUUUCCAAGAACUCUAUGCUAUAUUGGAGAAGCAUCCGUUUCCGCCCAGACACCAUAGCGACUUACAGAAGCUGUGGUUCAAAGCUCAUUAUAAAGAGGCUGAGAAAGUUAGGGGAAGGCCUCUGGGAGCAGUAGAUAAAUACAGACUACGGAAGAAGUACCCUCUACCUAAAACAAUAUGGGAUGGGGAAGAAACAGUUUAUUGCUUCAAGGAGAAGAGUAGGAAUGCUCUUAAAGACUGUUACUAUAGGAAUAGAUAUCCAACACCAGAUGAGAAGCGAGCGCUCGCUCAGAAGACUGGUCUAACACUGACUCAGGUUUCAAAUUGGUUCAAAAAUAGACGUCAAAGGGAUCGAACGCCUCAGCAGAGUAAUCGACCUGAAAUGCUGGUACCAGCACAGUACGUCGGCGCCCAAGGAGGUUUAUCUCAAUCAUUUCUCCCCAAUACAUAUUACAAGCUUCAAGACGCCUCACAUUAUCUACAUGGAAACCAACAUUAA